AAUAUUCAUUGCUCCAUGUUUCCCACGCCAAAGCCAAACUCUACAUCUUCCUCUUCCCCUCUUGCUUCUGCAGUGCUGGAGUCGGUUCACUCAUCUAAAUCAAUUCACCACCUAUUUGCUUUAAUUUCUUCUCUCCCUGUAAACAUUAUCACCUUCUUUGUUCUCUCAAACCACUUCCCUUUGCAAUUGAGUACUUGCAUAUUCUGUGGAAAAUGAAAAGGAAGCAAAGUCAGGGUAAUGGCAAUCCAUCUCAAAUACCAGCAACAAAACAAGGCACACCACCACCAUCACAACCAGAAAUAGAAACAGUCAUGGAUCUUAUUCAUGUGGGUGAGGACAAUGAAAAUAACAGAGCUAUAUCUUCUGAUCUUGAGAAAAAUGAAGUUGCCCCAUUUUCAAAGAAGAAGAAGAAAUCUAAAGUUUGGGAUGAUUUUCAAUUGAUUGAAGCACAUUUGAAUGAUGAUGGUUUGGAAAGAGGUAAAUGUAAAUAUUGUGGUACUACCUACAUUUGUGAAGGAAAGUAUGGAACUUCUAACAUGAAAAGGCAUCUGUCAAAAUGUUUUGCACGUGUGAAUAGAAAUCCUGUGCAAAUGAUGUUAAGUAACUCUGGAAAAUUGGUUAGAAAAAUUGAUCAAGAAACUUUUAAGGAGUUGUGUGCACUGGUAGUAAUAGAGCAUUCAUAUCCUUUUUCAUGGGUUGAGCAUAAGGCUGUUAGAUCAUUAAUGAAGUACCUAAAUGAGGAUGUGAAGCCAAUUUGUAGAAAUACUGUGAAAAAUUGUUGCUUGAAAAUUCAUCAGAGGGAGAGAGAUAGAAUUAAGCAGUUGCUGAAAAAAGUUUCAAGAAGAAUAUGUUUAACAUGUGACAUGUGGACUUCUGCAUUUACUCAAGGUUACCUUUGUUUGACUGCUCACUUUCUUGGUGAUGAAUGGAAUUUACAUAGCUUGAUUUUGAAUUUUCUGCAUGUCCCACCUCCACACACAGCUAGAAUUCUGUUUAAACAAGUGUAUGAGCUGCUAAAGGAGUGGAGCAUUGAAAGUAAAAUAUUUUCAAUCACUUUAGACAAUGCUAGGUGUAAUGAUAACAUGCAAGAAGCUUUGCGUAAUCAGCUCAAUCUUGAAAGGCCAUUGUUGUCAAGUGGAGAUUAUUUUCAUAUUCGAUGUUCUGCUCAUAUUUUGAAUUUAAUUGUGCAAGAAGGAUUGAAAGUGAUUGAUGAUAGUGUUAGAAAAUUGAGGGAUGGGAUAAAGUAUAUAACUGCCACUGAGGGAAGGAUGUUAAAUUUUGAAGAAUGUGCUAAACGAGCUAGUUGUGAUUUAAGCAAGGGAUUAUGGUUAGAUUGUCGAUUAUGGUUAGAUUGUCCUACUAGGUGGAAUUCCACACAUAAAAUGCUUGAGAGGGCAGUGAUCUAUAAAGAUGUUUUUGCUUCUUUUGAAUUGGAUGAUGAAAAUUUUAAAUGGACCUUGGAUGAAGAAGAAUGGAAGCGAGUUGGUAGAAUUUGUGAACUUUUACAGCCUUUUAGUGAAAUCAGCACUUUGUUUUCUGGUUCGAAAUAUCCAACAUCAAAUUUAUACUUUAAGCAUGUUUGGAAGAUUGAGUUAUGCUUGUUGGAGAAUAUCAAGUGUGGGGAUAUCUAUAUCAGAGACAUGGCAACCAGCAUGAAGGCUAAAUUUGAGAAGUACUGGGAUUCUUAUAGCCUUAUUCUUGCUUUUGCCAUAAUUUUGGAUCCUCGUUAUAAGUUAUCUUUUGUAACAUAUUGUUACAAGAUACUAAAUGAGGAAACAUACACUGCCAAGGUCAAUCAUGUUACGGAUAAAUUGUAUCAACUUUACAAUGAAUAUGUAAUGGAGGGCAGCAAGUUGGAAAGUACAAAUAAUGCCACAAUGCCUACAACUACUGUGACUGAAGUUGUUGGUAAUAAAGAUCGAUUAAUGGAGGGCUUUGAAAAUUUUGAUAUGGAAAAAGUGCACACCUCUCAAUUACGUCAAUACUUGGAGGAAGGUAGGCAACCACACCGACAACCUUUAGAUAUCCUUGAGUUUUGGAAACAAAAUGAAAGGCGUCUUCCAGACUUGGCUAGAAUGGCAAGAGACAUUCUCUCUAUCCCAAUUACAACUGUAGCUAGUGAAUCUGCUUUCAGCAUGGGUGGGCAUGUCUUGACAAAAUUAAGAGGUUCUCUUUUACCAGAAAAUGCAGAGGCUUUGAUAACAACCCGCACUUGGUUGAAUGGAUUUCAAAAGGAAGGUGACAACACUGCUACUGGUCAUGCUGAAGAUGAGGUGCUGGGAUAUGAAUAUCAAGUUAGUGGAUGUUCUGCUGUUGCUAAUAACUAGUGAGCUUGGAAUGGAAAUAUUAUCUUAAGGAGAAGUUUCAACACUUGGAUUAGAGAUUAUGUGGUUUCAAACUAGUGACUUCAAAGUUCAAACUUAAUAUUUCAUGAAAUUUUAAUAAUUUUAGUUUGGUACUGUUAUUUUUUGUUUCUUGAAUGACAAUUUGGUAUUGUUAGAUAAAGUAUUGUUAUGACU